AUGGUAAGAAAGCCCGAGUACUACGGUAUCAGGAUUAAAGAAAGGAAGGAUAUCGUCAGGUAUUUGGAUGACUUCCUCGACGACAAUGACACAUGGUACAGCUUAAAAAGUAAAAAUCGAGUUCAGAGCGAAUUCCACAUCACCGUGGGCCACAAAAACGAUGCUAGUAGGCUGGGGGCCGCUUGGUACUGGCUAGGUGAAAAGUUGGAUGCAGAGUAUGCUGGUUCCAUAUUAACUAAUGGCAAAUUGGCCAAUUUGACAGACCACUGUGAUGUGACUUUAGUGAGAGCUGUAGUGUUUGACCGAAAAUUAGUCACCGUGGAGGUGAAAAUGGGGCAAAUGUAUGUGAGAAAUAACACAGGUGGGUUUUCCAGGCAGCAGCUCGUACUCAAGCCCACAGUGGAGCAUUUACACAUCACGAUAGGCACCACCUCGAACGCCAUCAAACCGUUUCAACUGAACGUGCUUCUUCGUGAGCUUCAUUCAAGAUAUGGAAAAACACCUCAAGAAGGAGAGUACCAACUUAAAAGCGGUUCUGCGGAGGUGAUCCGGUUGGGGAGGAAAUUGAACAAACAGCAGUUGUUCAUUUUGUUCUCAUCGAGGUGA